AUGGCAAAAGUGAGUAUGUCUGGAAGGAAGGGUAACGAGGGUGCACCGAUGCUGUUUACACCACUUAAUGUGACUCGUACACCUCCGGUACCGCGUCGUAGUUUAUUAGAGCGCAUUCAUGAGGAAAGUGGUGAUUCCACUGCAUCUGAGAAGAGUCACUCCGCAUCAGCUUCGCAGCGGCAUGCUGACGCACAUGCCACUUCACUCCCUCUCUCUCCUGGUGGCGUACCAAAUGAUUUUGUUGAGGAGCCUAGUGGUGAAAACGUCUCUAGAGUAAGUUUUGCCAACGCUGCGACGGGUGCAGGCUCGUUGGAUUCUUUUGGGGGUGGCGGAGUGAGGAUGAUUGAAGAGUAUGGGCUUGCCUUGAAUGAUUCCUUUUCCGCAGGUGCGAGUGGAGGGACCCUUGACGCUCACAAGAAUACAUCUUCGUCUGCCAUGCUUCCAAGAACUAACGCACUGUAUCAUUUGCGAGACUGGAAUGAGGCCUAUUGA